GGAGCAUGUAGAUAAGAUUCAACUUAUUUUUAUCUCCCCCUUCGUCUUCUUCCUACUAAGCAGGACAAUACCUAAUUAAACUUUUAUCUUGUGCCAUGUAUUUCAGGACAUGACUAGAUAUAUUUAUUAGAUAUACAUGCAUUAAACAUGUUUUAAUUUUGAUUGCAGAACAAGCAAGUUAGAAAGUGUUGCUUCCAUGUGCUGCCGACUACAUUCACAUGUAAUAUUAGAGAAAAUAAUCUAAACUAUCAAGUUUGGAAAUAGAGUAAAAUGGAAUAGAAUGGGGGUUUCUGAUAUAUCACACCAUGAGUUUUCAUCUUGAGAACCUCCUUUUUCUCACUUGUACCCAUAAAAACCACAGAAAUACAGCAAAAUCUCCCUGUGCCUCACACCUUUUCAGAAGAUGACUAAGAACACUACCCAGCCCACCGACCAGUAGCAAUUACUUGACAGAACACAGGACUGUUUCUGCUGCCAUGACAACUGUGCAAAGAAUAGAACAGACCAUCAUAGAGGUGGUCCCUAGAGAUGUUCAGCCCUCAGAGAAGUCUGUUAUAAGGUCACAACUGUGGAAAAAGAGCACGGAGAAAUUCUUGAAGGGGGAACCCAAAGUCCUAGGGGUUAUACAAGUUAUGAUUGCUCUCAUAAACCUCAGCUUGGGUGUAAUAAUGAUGAAUUUAGAAUAUCCCUUGCUAAUCCUUUCAGUGAACCUAUGGGCCCCAGUUUGGGGGUCAAUCACGUUCAUGCUCUCAGGGUCCUUGUCCAUUGCAGCAGCAGUGAGAACUACAAAGGGACUGGUCACCAGCAGUAUAACUUUGAACACCAUUAGCUCUGUGGUGGCUGCAGCAACAAGUAUAAUCGGUUUCAUGAGUGUGCUUACAAAUGCAUUUGCUAUUGCUAUUUCUUCUACAAUCAAAGUUGUUGUGGGUAUGGAUGCUUUGAUGUUCAUUUUAAAUGUGCUAGGAUUCUGCAUUACUGUGUCCAUUGCUGCCUUUGGGUGUAAGGCAUCCUGUUGUACCUCCAGUGAGGUUGUGGUAGUUCUGCCAGUAAAUCCUGCUGUGUCAGCAGCAGCACCCCCCAUGCCACUUCAACCAUUGGUACCAACAGUAUACCAACAACAAGGAGUUCCGGAAAAUCUAUACAAGAAUCCCACUGGAGGAAGAGUCCAAUUCUGAUGUGUGUGUGUGUGUGUGUGUGUGUGUGUGUGUGUGUGUGUGUGUGCAUGUGUGCAUGCCUGCAUGCAUGUAUGUGAUUUCAGAAUCAUGUUCUCAUUGUUUGUUUCCCUGGGAAAUUAAUGCUUCAUUGCACUGGCUUUUGGUGGGAGUAUCAGACCUGUUAUAAAUAAAUAAACCCAAGCAUUUACUCGGCCAACAA